UAAAAAUCAUACUUACAUCCUCUUUGCUUUGGGCUUGUUUCCAAAUACACCGAGUGCUUGAUUUUGCUCGUAAUUUCAGUCACCAAAAACGAUUUUUCAAAUCUCCCGCAACUUCCAAUGACUUCGGACGGGCACAACGAAAAUUUUGAACAGCUGGGAGUACGUCGUGUGCCCAAUCGCCUGGAUGCAAAUUGAACGGUUUUUCAAUCGGCCGCGGGGACCAGACUGCUUUAAUUAAAGGUAGUAAAUGUACAUUCGGGCAAUUAUAUGACAUUGCUUGAUCCUUUAAUAACGUGAAACCGAAAGUGUUAUUUUAGUAAAAUGUUUGACCUGAAAUAUCUUUUGGUAUUUUCCUACCAAGUUUUAAAGAUGAGUAUUUGAUACAUAUCACAGAAAUGUGCGCAAUUGGCGGUUUCGAACUUACAGGUAAAUUUAAGACUACUCCUUUAAAGACAGGUUGGCAUUCGGCACGGUAGUCGGUUUCCAACAGACGUCAUUACAUUAUGGUUAUGUUGUGGCAUAAUAAGUCUGGGUGCCGCGCACACCAGGUUGAAUGAAAGUAAAACACACUGUCCUGACUGUUGCCAAAAUGGCCGCCAGUAAGGGAAUUGAAGAUGAGCCAUUACUGAGAUCGCUGGACUCGCCAGUAGAGGAACGACCCAUCGAUAACCAUGUCCUGCCCGAGCCUGAGGAUCAUGAUUUUGCAAGUGAUGUGCCCAUCACAAACCCCGGGAGAAGGGCCUACAUAUCUACCAUCAUUCUCUUCCUGAUCAACCUGCUCAACUACGUGGACCGUUACACGAUCGCAGCUAAUUUAAUCGCAAUUCAGGCGACGUACGGUAUUAAGGAUAACGAUAGUCUAGCAGGGCUUGUGCAGACCGUCUUCAUCAUUGGUUACAUGAUAACAUCACCGGUAUUCGGCUUCCUCGGUGACCGCUACCCUCGUACCAUCACCAUGUCGGCGGGAAUCCUGUUCUGGGCAGCCAUGACCCUCUCUGGUUCAUUCGUCCCAGAUAAUAUGUUUUGGUUAUUUGUUCUGAUACGUGGACUCGUCGGGGUGGGUGAGGCCAGCUACACCACCAUCUCCGUCACCAUCAUUGGUGACCUGUUUGUUGGUAACCGGCGGACUCAGAUGCUGAUGUUCUACUAUUUUGCGGUCCCAGUUGGCAGUGGACUUGGUUACAUCGCGGGCAAAGGAAUUGCGGAGGCCUUCCAAGACUGGCGAUGGGCCCUGAGGGUCACCCCAGCCCUUGGUGUGCUGAGCGUAUUGUGCAUCCUUUUCAUCAUUAAGGAACCAACCAGAGGCCAAGCAGAGACAGGGAACCAUGCCAUCGCAAGCCAACGGUAUCUGGAAGAUCUGAAAGCUCUACUUAAGAAUAAGACAUACUUGUUUACCACGCUCGGGUUCACCUCCAUCGCUUGGGUGGUGGGCGGUCUAGCUCUCUGGCUCGUUAAGCUGAUGGAACUGGUAUAUGACUACAACGGCUGGAAAGAUACAAGUGUCAGUUUCAUCUUUGGUGCUGUGACGUGUGCGGCAGGUUUCCUCGGCGUGGCCCUAGGGACAGUCGGAGCCCAGGCGUACCGUCGCUACAAUCCGCGUGCCGACGCGCUGGUCUGCGCAUUCGGGAAUAUCCUGGCUGCGCCGUUUCUCUUUGUCGGACUCACUUUUGCUGCAACGCAAGUAGGAUUGGCAUGGGCUGUUAUUCUCUUAGGAGAGAUUUGCUUAUUUCUGAACUGGGCGUUAGUUCCGGACAUAUUAAUGCAAGUUUUGAUACCCGUCCGGCGAUCUACGGGCAACGGCAUGCAGCUGUUGUCGGGUCAUCUGUUGGGCGACGCGCUCAGCCCAUACAUCCUUGGUGCUGUUGCAGAUUCGAUCCGCGGGGGCGGGCAAACCUACUUCGAGCGCUACCAGAGCCUUGCCUACUCUCUGUACAUGGCCGUAUUCUUCUCCGUGAUAGGCGGGGGAUUCUUCCUAGCGGCUAGUCUGACCAUCGAGGGGGAUCGGGAACACAUGCAGGCAACACUGAGAGAUUGUCAACAAACAGAAGCCGAGCAAGGCAUCAUUGUUGUAAGCCCUGUUCAACCAGCCACCAUUAUCACCAAUGAAGAUGUCAUCAUAUGAUAAUUGUAAUAGCUAAGGUGAUUUAUAUCUCUUAUUCCAAAUAAGACGAUGGAGUUUCUUGAGUACAGAGUUUUUUAAGACUUCACUAUAUUUUGAUAUACAAUUUAGAAAGUUGAGACAAAAGUGUUCUCCGUGUUUAUUUACAAACCAUUCAAUGUUGAAAUAAGUUUGCAAGGGCAAAUCCUGAAACAAAUUUUCAGGGAAAACCGUCGGCUUUUGGAAAUUCAGUAGUCUUCACUUGUCUGGCUGAAUUGCCUUAAAAAAAGAAAGAGCCUUUUUGAACCCAGGAUCCUCAAUGGAGUACAUUCAUUUUUGCUGCCCUUUAUUGAAAAUCCCAACUGUACUUCUGCUUAUAUCAAUCAAGCAGAUUUGUACAUCCGUGAGCGCCUUGCCUUGUCUAGUUCCCAGACCUAUUUACUUAAUAUUAGAUGGAUCUUGAAUCAGGAGUGCUGAACGGUAACACACAGCAACCAUUGAAACCGGUGUGCAAAUGAAAUGAUGUUUUCAUGGGCUGACGUACAUGUAGGCUCACUCACAUGAACAGCAUUGCAGAAGUACAAAUUAAAGUACUGAUCGAUAACUGAAAUAUUGCACGGUCAUUUUUUUUCCCCAGCGUUUCAAAUCAGUGUUUUCAAAUAUUACUGCCCCUUGUAGAGUUCCGUUUGUUUUAAUUUCUUGUUCAGAAUUUGGAAUUGAUACCAAGUUUCUAAAUAUUGUAUUUUGCUUGAGAGAAUACUGGAUCCAACAAAAUCCAUGACAAAUGUUUGGCGUACUUCAAGCCCAUGGCUAUGUUGUUUAAUUUGUUGACAGUCCUGAAUCCCUAAAAUAGACCCUGUGCAUUUUGGACCAUGACAGUGGGCAGGUUCUUGAUCCUGUGUGCUACACUUGAUUACACAAUUUGUGCCUUCAUUUGUUAAACUGAAUUUACAGUUAAACAAAGCCUGCCCACUGUCAUGGCGGACCGUGCAAAGGGUCUUUGUUUUUUUUUCUAAAUUCCCAGUUGCAUGUCUGAACUUAAUGUCUCAAAAAUCGGAAUGGUCCCAUUCCGUGUGGAACGUUCCAUUUUAUAGGAACACUGUGUGUUCUCAUCGUAUUUCCAACAACGCGCCAAUCCUGAGAAAGCCUGCAUGUGCACAUUCUCACAUGGGAACGCCUGGCGUUCCCUGGAUGUUGCCAGUGGGAACAACACAUGUUCCCAAUGGGAACAGAAGAUGAUCCCUGAUCGAAUGUUCCAAGCAUUCUGAAUUUUAAGACGUUCCUUAACUUGGAUGGGACUCGAACCCACGACCUCCUGCUUACUAGUGGUGAAAUUUGAACCAUUUGAUAACCUAACUUGCCUGGGUUUGGGUCUGAUAUAGUAGUUGAUACCAAAAUUAAAGAUUUUUUUCUGUAAGAUGUAAAUUUUGAUACAGAGUUUUGCCCUCCACUAAAUAAACUAAGUGCCGGUACAUGCAAUGUUAUGGCCAAUUCUAGAAAAGUAAUUUUUGCAAUGAAUGUAAAUGUGCAUAUUAAAGUUGAGUAGGGCUUUCAUAUAUUUAUACUCAAGACUCCACAAUCUAAUUUUGAGCAACAUGUUUAUUCUUUGUAAAGAAUAAAACAAAUAAAAAAUGUAUUGAUUUGGGGAUCAAUUUUAGAGACCACAUUUCGUCGCUUCAGUGCAACAAGGUCGUAUCUCCUAAAAUGGCAUGAACGACGCAAAACGCGAGUUUUCAAAAGGUCGUAUCUCGCUUAAAAUAACCCGGAUGUACACACAAAGUCAAUGGACAUUGAGAUACGACCUUGUUGCACGGAGCGUAUUCGCGCGAGAUACGACUUUGUUGCAGAAUUGAGUUAUGAACGCAAAAUGCGAGUUUUAGAAUGUCAAAAGGUCGUAUCUCGCUUAAAAUAAUUCGGAUGUACACGCAACGUCGAGAUACAACCUUGUUGCACGGAGCGUAUUCGCGCGAGAUUGUUGCACUGACGCGACGAUUUUUUUUGCAAUGGGUUUCCAGAUUAUUGUUAAAAGAUAUAGUUAUACAGUAUUUGUAGCAUAAAGUUUGUUUAUGUUUGAUACUCUCUCUUAUUCAAUGGGCCAGGACCCCAAAAUUCACCAAUUUGUAGCACAAGAGGUGGUGAAAUCUAGUUGCUAUGUUUGUAUUGCUGUACAUACCAUUUUCUUAAUACAGUUCUACAUGUAACACUUUCAAAAUCUAGGAUAUGAAAGCCCAAUUAAUAAGCUUUCUUCUAGUACAAGAAUCAUUUAAAUUACUCAUGUAGUUUUUAAGUUUAUUAAGCUUUCUUUUAGUACAAGAAUCAUUCAAAUCACAUGCGUACUUUUCAAGUUGUGGAAUUUUAACCUUAAAAGGGCUGGGGGGGGGCGGAGUCCACCCCCUCAACUUUUUUCGCGUUUUUUUGGAAAACAGCUUUCGCGACCCAUGCUGUCCUGACUUUUUAGCCUCGAGUCUUAAGCAUCUUGUGAUAUCAAAACCAUAAAAUUCGGACCAUAAACAAAUUUUACCAUGAAAACUGAAUUUCCCCAUAUACGUAGUGAACACAAAGCAGCAUUACCAUUCGUGCAUAUAUGAAUAAUUAAUUAGCCUUAAUUUAGUAGUGCGGCAUAGCCCCAGCAUGCUAAAGAAUUGUGCAAAUUGUGCUGAAAGCAUGGAACUUCGCUUGUUGGUUCUAUAUGCCAUGAAGACAAUUUUCAGAUAUGGAGGCAUUUCAUAUUUGACCUCUGGUGACCUUUGAGAGUUCAAUGAACUUUACGUACUCUAUUCUUAGUGUUUGUUCUUCAAUUUGUUCGUCAAAACUUCACUUCUAAUGACCCAAGUCUGUGUCAUAGGUCUUCAUACAAUGAACAUAAUGAUCAGAUGUGGGAAAAAAUGCAUAUUUGACCUCUGGUGACUUUUGAGAGGUCAGUGACCUUUGUAAACUUGUUUAUAGCUAUUUUAAAGAUUUAUUCUUUAAACCAAUCUUUUUUUCAUGAUUCAUGUUAUGAAAGGUUUUUAUGCUAUAAAGAGAAUGUUCAUAGGACAUUUUAUAUUCAACCUAGCCUACCUAUGGAUAUUAAUACGAUCUACACAAUUGUAAAUGCCACUUUUUGCAUGACCCAAGUCUGAAAGUGGACUCUUUGUGCCGUGAAAGAAUUUUCAGAUGUGGGACAACAUAUUUGACGUAGUGAUACCCUCGGAGAGGUCAAUGAACUUUGUAUAUCUUAGUUGCCGUUAUUUUAUCAUAUUUAUUCAUCAAAACGCCAUUUUUUUUGUGACUCAAGCCUCAAUAGUGCCAAAGAAGGGUAUUGGACCUACAUGUUGUAUUAUACUAUCAUGUUAUGAAUUCAGACCCCACAAACAUUUUGCAGGUGACCUCUGACCUAAGUUCUCCUUGUUUUAUUGGCAGACGCAAUAUGAUGACAUAGGAAUAGAAAUCUGUGGGUCUGAAUAUGUAAUGGACAAUGUACAUGUGUCAAGCAAUAUUCACUUUUGUGUAUUUAUUACACCCUGCUGUAUAAAGAUGGACUUAGAUAACCACGUUUUUAACCUUUUUACCAAGCCUACUGGUCACUGUUUAAGAGUGAUGCUUGUCCGAUGUGCCGCAUUUAUUCUUUCGUGUCUGCGUCUGUCCUUAUAAAAAGGAAAAUUGAGAUCAGAGGUCAUGCAAAAAUUCUUUGGGGUCUGACUUCAUGACAUGUUGUAGAAUAAUUAUUUAAAUACACUCCUUUUGCUCUAAUUAGACUUCGGUCAUCGUAUGAAGACCUCACAUGCCAUGUUUCAUGCUUUAUCACAAAAUCCACAAUUCUGUCCCUAUGCCGCACCACUAAUUCUAAAACCCUUUGAUGGGUAAGUUCAUGUUAUGUUGUUCUAUGUAUGUACACAGUUUCACAAUUUUUCGUCACUCGAUGGCCCAGGUCUUAGAGGGGCGGAAUCCCCUUUUAAAAUGUAACUGUGUUUAAAAUUUGAAAGGUACAUGAGCGAUUGAAUGAUUCUUGUACUAAAAGAAAGCUUAUUAAUUAGACUUUCGUAUCCUAGAUUUUGAUAGUGCUACACGUAUUGCAGAACUUCAUUAAAAUUGUUCCUGCCAUUUGGGUUUCUUCUUUUUUUAACUCGCCCUGUACAUCUAUGAAUUACAUUUUGAUAUGAUGGCCAUUUCAUUGUGGUAGCUUAUUAUUGGUUAUCACUCCUUGAAUGUGCAGAUCCAUUUUACCAUUAAUCCUAUGGGUAUCAGGGGUGGGGCCACAACCCCACCCCCCAUUUGUAAUUAUUUGUAAUUAUUCCUAAACGCUUUGGCUGAUCAGUAAGAAAUUUGGUCAUCUCUCUUUAUCUAUAUGAUUCAAACACCAUUCUAUAGCAUGCCCACUGUUACCAUGGAUACCAGUUCAGUUACAUGUAUUGUAAAACUUUGUUGUUUUUGUGUGUUAAACCAUGAACAUAUGCAUUUUGGGAAAGAAACCAAUACCUGAAAUGCAUUUUCGGGUACAUUCUUUGAAACUCUAUUAUUAGAAGGGGUGACAUUUGUGUUGAAUGCUUGUUGUACUUUUAUGCAAUUUUAUUUUCUCAAAAUGGAUAAUAAAAUAUUGUUAUGAUCAUAGUUUGGAAAAUGGAUUUCAUUAAACUUUUUUUGUAUCCCAAUAAACAUAGUCUUAUGCAUGUUUACUUGA